AUGGAGUGGAAAAUAUCUGUGAAGCAACAAAUGCACAAGAUCUUCGGUUUUAAAACCGGACCGCACGGCGUAAAAAUGUACGCGAUUCCUAAACUUAUCCACCACUGUAAGGAUAGCAUCGACCUGUUGACUUUGAAAAUCAACCUGAGGGAAGCCGGUGAUGAGGUCGAGGGCGAUGUCGGUCCAACGACCGGAAGGUGGAUCAGAGGGCUGAAGAAGGCCCUGAGGUUUGGAGCUGUUAUACUUCACGGUUUGACAUUCGUGACAGCUCUUGACGUAAUUUUCCACGACUGCUUGCAUGUCGGGAAAAUAGUAAAGGGGGCGGAGCCAUUGCAACCAGCGGCGUAUACCAGGGUGACCAGCAGAGGGAGCACAGUGAGUCUGAAAAAGGAAAUCGGGGAGGAUGCUGUGAGGAAUGCACAAGCGCCCUUCGAAAUACAACAAUCCCGUAUCUGA